GAAACUCGCCGUGAAAUGCGAGAAGUACAGCCGUUCGAUGCUCCACGUCGAGGUCAACGUGCUUCUACACGCUGCCGAACAAAAGUGCAAGCACUUCUGCGAGCGCGUCGCCCACGGAUCCGUCGGCAAGGAGUACGUGUUCAUCGUGAUGACGCUGCUCGGCCGUGACCUGCACAAGGCGCGGAACGAGAUGAAGGACCGGCGAUUCACGCUCUCCACCGCCCUCCGCAUCGGCGUGCACACGUUGAAGGGCAUCGAAGAGCUGCACCGUCUCGGCUUCCUCUCACGCGACAUCAAGCCCGGCAACUUUGCCCCCGGGCUUCGAGAAAACAAGCAGAACAAGCUCAUCUUUCUCUACGACUUUGGACUGGCCAGAAAAUACCUUGAUUCGAACGGCAACAUUGUGCAGCCCAGGCCGGAUGUCGGUUGGCGCGGAACGACACGUUAUGGAAGUUUGACGGCCCAUCACCGCGCCGACCUUUCUCGCCGUGACGAUCUCGAGUCAUGGUUCUACAUGCUCGUCGAGUUCACGAACGGACAAUUGCCGUGGCGCACGAUCACAGACCGCGGAGCCGUCCUUCUAUCCAAACAGGCGGCCCGCACACCGAUCGGGUUGCCCACGUUCCUCGUCAACUGCCCCAAGCAGUUCCCGGUGCUGCUCAAGUACAUCGACGAGCUCGUGUUCACCAGCGCCCCCGAUUACGCGCACUUGCUUAAGAUUUUGGAUGAGGCCCGUGAGGAGAACAACGUGAAGGCGUACGAGCGCUGGGACUGGGAGGACGAGAGCCUCUCCAGCAAUUCCAUCAGCCAAGCCUCGUCCCACUCGGAGCGCGAGCAGAAAGCCAAGCCCGAAGCCUCGCCCCGCGAAGUUCGCAACAAGAAAAAGUUUCACUUGAGAUUCGCGGGGACCGACUUUCGCAGAUGCAGGAUGGCUGGGGAGGAUACACAUUGUGCGCCCCGCUACAAUGGCUAUAAAGCGGAUGCGUGCUUGGACGGGCCGUGGAAGAUGGUAUUCCCGCUUCCCAGAAUCCUGUCACUUCAAAGAAUGUCCUCCUCCUUCCGGUGUCGCCUCUUGAUCAUCACCUGCAUCGCGUUCUGCGUUGGUGCCGAGAUUUCACACGAUGAGUUCCCGGCGGCACGCGAGAAAAGAAGCGGAAAAGAUGCUGUGGUGGUGCUGAAGACGAUAUACCUUCACAGUCCCGUAUCGCAAGCGUGGAUGGCCAACUCGGUUCGGCAAAGGGUGAAUAAGCUUGGAGGUGGCGGCGCCUUCGUUCGGGGCUUCAACAUGCGCGGCUUUUUCGCCGCCGAAAUCAUCGUCCGGAAUGGGGAGUACGCGUGCGAUAGUAUCCAGAGUUAUGCACGGAAUGCCGCCAGGGCACGUGAGGUACAAGCUGUGUUCUUCCGCUGCGGCCGCGCGAAGCCGGUGCAGUACAAGCGGGGA